CAGUCUUCCUCAGCAUGUUAGUAGUGACCUCUCUUUCCCCUCUUCUUCUUCUCCUUUCAGUUCCUCAAGUGGAGCUUUUUCCAGAAAAACCCCGGAGAUCUGCUCUGAACCAGCUCACUAGAACUCUUCUCCGUCACUACAACUGCGGGGUCCGGCCCGUUUGGAACUGGACCGACCCGACAGUGGUCUACAUUGAUUUGAUCCUCCAGUCCGUGCUUGAAGUGGAUGGGCAGACACAGAAAGUGACAACAAGUAUGUGGUAUCGUCAGAUCUGGAAAGACGAGUUUCUGGUUUGGGACCCGGCUGAGUUCGAUGGGAUUAAUGAGAUCUCCCUCUCAUCUGAUGCCAUCUGGGUGCCCGACAUUGUCAUCAGCGAAUUCGUGGACGUCGGCCGAUCGCCACACAUCCCUUACAUUUAUGUGAACUCCUCUGGGACGGUGAAGAACUACAAGCCCAUUCAGGUGGUGUCAGCCUGUGACCUGGAGAUCUACGCCUUCCCCUUCGACCGGCAAAACUGCACCCUCACGUUCCGCAGCUGGCUGCACACAGUUAAGGAGGUGGACUUGGCCUUGUGGAGGAGCGCAGAAAAGAUCUCCAGCGAUAAGAGAGAGUUCAUGGACGACGGCGAGUGGGAGCUUCUGUCUGUGCCCUCCCGAUACGAGCAGCUGCACCUGGGGGGCGGGGACUACGCCCAGAUCCAGUUCAACGUGGUGAUUCGUCGCCGCCCCCUGCUGUACGUGGUCAGCCUGCUGAUCCCCAGCAUCUUCCUCAUGGUGGUGGACGUGAUUAGCUUCUACCUGCCCCCGAACAGCGGCACCCGCAUCACCUUCAAGACCAGCAUCCUGCUGGGCUACACCGUCUUCAGAGUCAACAUGACCGACGAGCUCCCAGCAACGGCCAUAAAAACUCCACUUAUUGGCGUUUUUUUUGCCGUCUGCAUGGCACUCCUGAUCCUCAGCCUGGCCAAGUCCAUCCUGGUGGUGAAGCUGCUGCACCAUAACGAGGAGGCGGUGAAGGAGAUGUCCGUGUCUGCCUGUCUGCUGGACAAAUACGGCUCCUCCAGCCACAGCUUCAACGAGAGCUCCUUCACCUCUGUCAAAACUCUGGAAGACAUGGAUCAGUAUGGCGGCAUUGAGCUGGACUUCUCCCCAGAGGAGGACUUCCUCUCUCUCUGCGAGCCCCAGGAAAGCACCCUGCAGCUGGAGAAGGUGCUCCAGGAAAUGGUGUCCCUCAGGUACUACCUGCUCCAGGAGGAGAGCGACAGCUCCACCCAGUCGGACUGGGUGGCCCUCUGCUACAAGGUGGACAAGCUCCUCUUCCGCCUCUACCUGCUUAUCCUGCUCGUCUACACCACCACCCUGCUGUCCCUGUGGAUCUACUGGGGCUCAGCCUAAAACUGCAGGCACGGGCAACAUUUCACAGUGUCUGCAAUGACAUUCUACAGACCACAGCGGGAAGUGUCCUCACAAGCACAGUGUGUAGCAAGGGGAAAAAUAAGAUUACAGAAGUCUGAGUAUUCAAUGGGUUUUACUGAGAAAAUUGAAACCACAUAACUAUGGGUCGCAGAUGCUUUACUCCUGUAAGGAAUAAUGUGUUCUACAACUUGGCAUAGAAAACAUAAUGUAGAGUGAAAUUAAACAUUUGUGCCAUUGCUUGCGAGAAAUUAUUGCUUUGCAGUGCUUUUAUCUUUGUAAUAAAAAGGCAGGAUAAAAGGUUUUGUAAUUUACACUGUGAAUUGAUUUUCAUAACGCGAAAUGAUUAAGGGGUGCCAACUAAAAAGCAGUUUGCCGUUUCAUUAAGCCUUACACCUUAUUACUUCUCUGCCUUU